CUUUGACAAAAACUUAGUGCAAGAUUCACGCGCCACCACCGAAGAGUAGGAUGCGGCUUAAUCCCUGUCAAGAUAUCGGGCAUGUCCGACUGACACCUUCCAACUCACUACCCUCGAAUAAAUACGCUCCUCUCUUUCUCUCUCUUUAAUUUUCUUUUCACUUAUUCCCCGUCUCCCCCACUUCAUACAUAAUUCUAGAGAGAGAAAACGACUGUGUCUGUGUGUGUGAGAGAGAAAGAGUGUGUAUCUGUGAUCUAAUGAAGGGGGAUGCUGGUGGAAAGAUGAUAAUCAAGUCCAAGCUGAAGUGGGUUGGCUUAGUCGGACUUGUACUCUCCGCUUUAUCUCUUUUCACCCACUUCCUUCUUGCUAGAUAUUCCUACACAGAAGAGGGCAUUACAGAGUACCAAGCCAUCACCAUUUUCUCUUGGCGGCCAAUUUUUGAGAAUGCAGAUCUUUCCUCCAAUAACAAAUUGUAUAAAAGGCUAUGGGGCCCUGUUAGGCGUCUCGAAUCUUUACAACCACAUGCUAAACCUAGAGCGCACUAUUCAGUUCCUGUUUCAGAAUCAGAUAGAUAUAUUUUUGUAAGGAUACGUGGAGGAUUUCAUGAGAUCAGGAGCUCUAUUUGUGAUGCUGUUGUUAUUGCUCGGCUUUUAAAUGCAACACUUGUGAUUCCAGAGAUCCAGUCAACCACAAGCAGCAAGGGAAUCAGUGCUCAGUUUAAGAGUUUUGCUUAUCUUUACAAUGAAGAUCAGUUCAUGGCAGCAUUAGCAAAUGAUAUCUUAGUUGUGAAAACCCUUCCUAAAACCCUAAAAGGAGCCAGAAGAAAGAAAGAAAUCCCUUCAUUUAAAGUUCUUAACUCACAAUCUCCAUAUUAUUAUUUACAUCAUGUUCUUCCAGUUCUGAUACGCCACUCUGUGGUCGAGCUAGUUGUUGCUGAUGGUGGAUGCUUACAGGCAACACUUCCUCCAGAUCUUGAGGAAUAUCAACGGUUGAGAUGUCGUGUUGCAUUUCAUGCUUUAACCUUCCGACAAGAAGUACAGGAAUUAGCAACCAAGAUUUUACACAGGUUAAGGGCACCAGGAAGGCCAUUUAUAGCAUAUGAUCCGGGGAUGACUAGAGAUGCUUUAGCAUAUCAUGGUUGUGCUGAGCUUUUUCAGGAUGUGCAUACUGAACUCAUUCAGCACAGACGUUUAUGGAUGUUAAAACGUGGAAUUGUCAAAGGCAAUCUUACUGUGGAUUCAAACACACAACGUCUGAAUGGUUCUUGUCCACUUAUGCCUGAAGAGAUUGGUAUCAUCCUUCGUGCAUAUGGAUAUUCAUGGGACACAAUCAUCUACAUAUCUGGUGGAGAAGUCUUUGGUGGCCAAAAGAAACUAAUCCCAUUUCAUGCAAUCUUUGAAAAUGUAGUGGAUAGAACAUCACUUACAACAUCUUGGGAAUUGAACAGAAUAUAUGGGCGUGAAGCGAAUCUUGUUGACAAAUACCCAAAAACCCCACCUUCUGCUGAGAAAGAAAUGAGACAUGAAGCAUGGAAAACAUCCGGGCAACGUCCCCGCCCUCUGCCGCCACCUCCCGCCAGGCCGAAAUCGUAUCACAUUGAAGGGUGGUGGGGUUGGGUGGCUGAAAGUGAUAAUGAGCCUGAGAGUACUGUGAUUGAGUUGAGGACUAAUGCUCACAAACUGCUGUGGGAAGCCAUUGAUUACAUGGUGUGUGUUGAAGCUGAUGUUUUUGUUCCUGGUUUUGAUCGUGAUGGUAAAGGAAGACCUAAUUUUGCAAGCUUGGUGAUGGGUCAUAGACUAUAUCAAUCUGCAACAGCUAAAUCUUUUAGGCUCGACAGGAAAGAAAUUGCAAAACAUAUGGAAGAAAUCAGUGACCAUUUAUACGAAGCCAACCAUACAUGGAUUAAAUCCGUGAGGAGUCACCUAAGAGAAAGCUUGCUUGAUCGAUUAACAGAAGAAUCAAAAGCAUCAAAAUCAUUAUCGUUUCUCUCAUUCCCAGUCCCUGAAUGUUCUUGUCUGAGAUCCGAGUCAAAAGGAGCUUCCACUUCCCAACUUCCAGCUGCUAUUAAGGUUGCACGUUCUUGUCCUGCUUGGAUGGGUAAAGAUGUAGUUUCACGUCCUGGAGACAAGGAAAACGAAGAUGAUCUUGAUGAGGAUGAUUCUGGGCCUUUUGGUUUGUUUUUCCGGCAGAGUGGUGGUUCUAGUAACAGGAAUAAUGGAGGUGGUGGCGGCAGAGGUGGUGGAGAGAUGAUGAGCAGCAAAGAAGAGACUCAGAUGGAAGAUCAAGAAGAAAUGGACGGUGGCGAUAGAUGACCUAAUUGGGCGGUGAUAGACGACGGAGUUAGGAGGUAGGAGGUAGGAAUUAGGAGACCCCCUAAAUCUAAUCGUAGCCUUAUUUAAGUUGUUUGUACAGUUGCAGUAUAUCGUUGAUGGUGAAACUGGACUAGUUUUGAGAAAGUACAGUUUGAGUUUUAAUGUCAAAGCAGCUAUUAUCUUUCAA